AUGUGUGUGAGCUUUCCUCCUGGCUUGCAUGUGUAUGUGCUAUGCGUGUACGCCCUCUCCCCGUCCUUCCCCACUCAUCUCCCGUCUGCCCGUCUCCUCGCUCACUCACAGGUGUCGAGUGUGCGCGAGUACGCCACCGUACAACGGCGACACUCGCGCUCUAACGUGUUACAGCAACACAUCCGACGCGACACAAAGGUACAGGAGACCAUGCACAAGCUCAGGGGACAGACCAUGGGCACAGUAGAGAGCAUCCACGUGUAUGAGGCCAACAUGUUUGGCAAGUACCGGCAGCACUAUGUGGACAGCCAGAACUAUAUCAGCAUACGCGCCAACUACAUGUUUAGCAAUCUGUGGCGCGAGAGGGGGCUGUAUGGCGAAGAGAUUGAGCAGGAUGCGUACUGGAAGCUGGAUGUGAUUGAAGGGCCUGCACGCGUCAGGAGGCGUCUGUGCAGGAACUAUGACUUUGUCGAGACGUACGCUGGUCUUCUCACCGACGGCAGCAGCGCAUUACAGAGCCAACAGAACACUCGCGCACAAGCCACCGCCACAGCCACGCCCGACCCAUGCGAAACACUCACGCAGAAGGAGCAGGAGGUCAUCUCCGAGCUGUCUGAGCUAUCGGACUUUAAGGUGUUUUCGGCCGAUACGCUCAUGCGCACGGGUGCGGAGGCAGAGAGUGAGGGGCGGGAGAGUAUAGAGGUGACGGGAGAGGCGGAGGAGAAGGGCACGGAAGAAGACCCGCAGACGGAUAGCAAGGACGGCAACGCCCCAGCAGACACAGCUGAGGACGAGGCGAUAGGCUCCGAGUCCGACGAUGACACCGACGAGGACUUCAAAGAAGAAGACAUGACCAUCAUGCGCCAGUUAGAGCCGGGUGACGCCAUCCAGUUCUGCUUCAACUGCAGCCGUAUCCAGGGCUUAGACGCUGUGGACAGCGUGCUGCUGCUGUGUAAGCGUAACAUCUACAUCAUCGACGGGUAUCGUUAUGUAUACGAUGCCGCCACGCAGAAGAGCACCAUCAUGGAGAUGGCCGCGGCGGUGCUGGAGUUGGGUGACAACUACCGGCCUAUUGUCCCCAAACUGGCGGACAAUUUCGGGGCCACGGACCCCGAAGCCACGCGAGAGGUCAAGACGGAGAUGGGGGAUGACAGUGGGAUCAUCAAGUGCCCGUACAAGUGUGUUCAGGAGGUGCACAAGCGACGCUUCCUGCUACGUGAGGUGGCCGUGGAGAUCUUCUCGGACGACGGCAGAGACCACCUGUUGGCGUUUGUGAAGAGUGAUCGGGAUAACGUGUACAAGAAGCUCAUUCACAGCACCGUGGGAUCGUUCUCCAAGAGCAUCUCCAAGGGUAUCAUGGACGUGGCCGGGCAGACCCUGGUCUCGGCCGGGUUUAGAGACAUUGCCGAAGAGUCCAAGGGCGUAUUCUCGCAGCUGUGGGGUGAGCGGUCGCCUACGCAACGGUGGGUGGCGGGUGAGUUGUCCAAUUUCCAGUACUUGAUGUGGAUCAACACUUGGGCUGGAAGGUCCUAUAACGACCUAACCCAAUACCCAGUGUUUCCAUGGAUACUGGCGGACUAUGACAGCGAAACACUGGACCUGAACGAUCCCAAGACCUUCCGUGAUUUAUCCAAGCCCAUGGGCAAUCAAACGCCCGAGCGUGCGCAGUACUACACGCAACGGUACAACAACUGGGAGGAUCCUACGGGUGAGACGCCGCCUUUUCACUACGGCACACACUUCUCGUCGGCAAUGAUUGUCGCGUCGUAUCUGAUACGGAUGGAGCCGUACACGCAGAUGUUCUUGACACUGCAGGGCGGGCACUUUGACCAUCCUGACCGCAUGUUCCACUCGAUCAAAGAGGCGUGGGAGAGCGCCAGCAGGCACAACACGGCCGAUGUCAAAGAACUCAUCCCCGAAUUCUUCUACCUACCCGAAUUCCUGGUGAACUCAAACAAAUUCGGGUACGUUUUACGGGUUCGGCUGCCCAAUUUUUUCUGGGCUGCUAUGUGUGUCUGCUGUAUUUCACCCGCGUGUUCUUCUACCCAACCGAGUUUUCGAUGGAUUCAAAUAGAUUUGGGUGUGUUUUAG